AUGAAGGUCCUUCUUUCUCUGUUCCUCAUGCUGGCAAGCAUGGUCUUCGGCCUUCCACAUAUCUCACGAGAUGUCCCCACGAACGCAACCAUGGAAAUGUAUGACUAUGUUGUGGUGGGCUGUGGCAUUGCCGGUCUCGUGGUGGCUACGAGGCUGAGCGAGAAUGCCAACACGUCCGUCCUGUGCAUUGAAGCUGGACCAUUGGACCACUACGAAGAUCUCAUAGAGAUCCCCGUCUACAUUGGCCAACAGCCACCAGGGUUCUACGAAUGGAGCAUCGGCACCGUUCCACAGUCACAGCUCGACAACACAUCUCGUCCACUCCCGAUGGGCAAAGGCGUCGGUGGAGGCAGCCUCAUCAACGGCAUGAUCUGGAACCGUGGGAACCAGGACGACUUCAACGUUUGGGCACAGCUUGGGAACCCCGGCUGGGACUGGGACUGUCUGCUGCCAUAUUUCCAAAAGUCCGAGACAUAUACUCCGCGAUUCUACGGGAAUCUCUCUGACCAACCUGUCACAUUCAAUGCCGCCGUCCACGGCUUUCAGGGGCCCAUGCAGGUCUCUUACCCGGAAUAUUACUGGCCCCAGACAGUCAACUGGUUCGAAGCGCUAAAUGCGCUUCAGAUUCCAACGUCCUUUGACCCCAAUGGGGGUCUCUCGGCUGGGGGGUACUUCCUCCCACUCUCCAUCGACCCAUCCAACCAGACGCGUUCAGACGCGCGCCGGGCCUACCACGAUGCAGCCGCCGGACGCCCAAACUACCAUGUCCUGACGAAUGCGCAGGUCGGACGUGUCAUUUUCAACAAUGACUCGUCCACAGCGACGGGGCCGGGGGUGCGUCGUGGUGGCCUGCGGGCCGUCGGCGUUGAGAUUCUGGGCGGGCGCGGCGGCACGACGCAGACUGUCUUGGCCGGUCGCGAGGUUAUUGUCGCGGCCGGGGCGAUCCACAGCGCACAGCUGCUCGAGCUGUCUGGCAUUGGCACGGCAAGCCUGCUGUCUUCUCUCGGGAUCCCAGUCCUACAAGACCUUCCCGGUGUCGGCAACAACCUCCAGGACCACCCCUUGAUCCAUCUAUCAUAUCCCUACCAGAACGCCUCCGUCCCCACGCCAGCGUGGCUCUUGAACAACAGCACAUUCAACACCGAGGCCGAGGUGUUGUACCGCACCUCUCGGACCGGCCCAUGGACGGCGAAACCGUCGACAGCGCUCGCAUUCCCGGCUCUGUCCCAGAUCAGCCCUGACGGCCAAUAUAUGCCGCUGAUCGCACUUGCGGAAUCCGGCGACAGAUACUACCCGUCGACGUACGACUGGACGCUGAAGUCGGGCUACGAGCUCCAGCUCUCGCUGAUGACACCUCGGUUCCUGUCCGACAGCACGCCUGCAUACGAGAUCUUGAACGACAAUUCCGGCGGCCUGGACCUGGCUCUGAUGCGACCCCUGUCUCGUGGCACCACACACAUCACGUCCGCCGACCCGCGCGUCAACCCGGCCGUCGACCCCCGCUGGCUCGUCAACCCGUUCGACUUCAACCUCACCCUCCUCGCCAUGCGCUUUAACCAACGAAUCCUCGACACCCCUGCCAUUCAGGCCCUGCAGCCGUCGUACCCCAACAUCCGAUUCCCGCCCAACGCCACGAGCGACCAACUGGCCGUGAUCGUCCGCGCCGGCAUAGGCACCGAAUACCACUACUCGGGGACGCUGGCUAUGAUGCCUCGCGAGCUCGGAGGCGUUGUGGACCCGACCCUUAUCGUCUACGGAACCGACAACCUCCGCGUCGUCGACACAAGUGUCUUUCCCGUCAUCCCGGGAGGCCAUUUGCAGGCUGUGGCGUACGCGGUGGCUGAGAAGGCAGCCGAUAUCAUUCGAGGAGUGGUGUGA